AUGUCAAACACAGAUGAUCGUCCACAAUCAGCACAACAAUACCAUGCAUCUUCAUGUGUUCCUAUCUAUUCAAGCUUGUCAGGCCCCGGCAUGGAUUCUGAUCCGCGCAUCAAGUUGACGCUUUCCUCAGAUAAUCUGUUGACCAAUACUACAUUGGGUACAAACAAUGUGACGUUGAGUGCUCUCACAGGGAUUGACUCUAAUCCGUAUUUAACCCCAUCUUCCAACAACCAUGGACCAAAUAACCUUUCACUGAUGCAACUUUUACCGAUGGGUGAGCAUAUACAACCUCCAGAUGCCCACUGUUCAACCCUACACCUUGGCAAUGAUAGCACCGGUCACUCCCUUACAACUAUUACCAAUAGUACCAGCACCAGCACCACCGCUGGUAGUGGUGUAUUUCCAUCAAUUUUGAUCAAUCCAUUGGGAGAGUCAAUCACUCCCCUAACGACUAGCAGUGCGUAUCACACGACCAGUCCACCCAUGCACGAUUCCAAUGUUUUUCGUGAAAUGGAUUGUGUUUCUCCGACCUCCGCUUAUUUACAAACGGCGGCUGCCGCUGCUGCGGUUGCUGCAGCCGCAGCGGCAACUGCAGCUGCAGCCAGUGGUGGAACGACGGGCGGAUCUGCACCUGGUUCUGAAUGUCCUUCUGCUGACGAUCUGGAAUUGUUCGCCAAAAUGUUCAAACAACGCCGAAUCAAACUGGGCUAUACACAAGCAGACGUGGGUCUGGCUCUCGGCACAUUAUACGGGAACGUUUUCAGUCAGACAACAAUUUGUCGGUUUGAGGCGCUUCAACUCUCGUUCAAAAAUAUGUGCAAACUAAAACCAUUAUUACAGAAAUGGUUACACGAAGCUGACUGUUCGACGGGGACGGCGAAUAAUUUGGACAAAAUAGCGGCCCAAGGUCGAAAACGAAAGAAACGCACCAGUAUAGAGGUCGGAGUAAAAGGUGUAUUGGAAACACAUUUCGCUAGGCAGCCCAAACCACUUGCACAAGAUAUCGUUCAACUUGCCGGGGCACUGGGUCUGGAAAAGGAAGUAGUACGUGUUUGGUUUUGUAAUAGACGUCAAAAACAAAAACGACUCAACCCACACAUGUGUGCUUCCAUGACACCGACCGGGGACAUCUUUCUGAACCAUUUUAUGUAA